AUGAAGCCAGAAGUCAAAUGUGCGGUGUUGAUCGCCUACCUCGAGGGAUGGAACCAACUGCCACUGCCAGGGUACGCUCACGACUCUGAGCUGCUUAACCUCGAGAAACGCAUCAUGGCUCUUGAGUGUGCUGCAGGCAUAGCAUCGCUGCCCUUGUCUAACGAUUCGACCUUGGCAGGGCUCGCGUGGCGUCUGUGGCAGGUGCGAUUCAAACAAGGGGCGACGUUCGCUGGAGAAUUCUCGCACGAAUACACUCAGCACACGGGGAUGAUCGAUGAUUGUUCGAUCUCUCUAGCGGGUCUCCGACGUGUGGUCGACGGCCUUGAUCCGUCCCUUCCCGUCCUUCAGUGCCUGGUGUGCACAGAGCGUGACGACAGCUCCUCAUCAAGCAGCGGCAGCUCUCGUUCAAGCGUCGUUAUCGACCCUGAGAAGCAGUAUGAGGAGUGCUUGGGCGCCACCGUCCAGAAACUGGUCUACAUGGCCGGCCGUGCCCGGAUGUUUUCUCCCAGCGCUACUUGGACCAAGAAGCUCGCCUACGUCUACGCGGCCGAGAUGUCGUUUUGCAUAGCCAACAGGAGGCUCAGAGGGUAUCCAUAUCCGACCCCAAUGAUCCACUCCCUGCUUGGGCGAGAGCCUCCCUGUGCUGGUAUUCCACGAGAGCCUCCUUAUGCUAGUAUUCCGCCUCCCUGUGCUGGUAUUCGGCCAGAGCCUCUUGGUGGCCGCAUCAGUGCACCAAUUCCGAAGGAGAAAGCGAUCAAAGUCGUUGCUAGGUCAGGAAAAUUCCGUGGGUUCUUUAGUCGAGGUCAAUGGCUGAGCAAGAUGUUAUUCUGGCGCUCGAAGAAGGGGAAGAUGGAUAGCGGCAGUUCGAAUGCAGCAUCCUUGAAAUCAUUGAUUGAGCGAUGCUAG